AUGGCUAAUCGCCCCAGCAAACGUCAGCGGAGAUUGGCCAUCCAUCCGUUAGAUCAGGACGCUGACACGGAGAAUAACCAGACGAGACCUACUCACACGCCUUCUAGAAGGGGCAAAGCUGAUCCUGUAACCUUUUCAACUAAACCUUCACAACUUGAAACGAAACAUAUCCCGUCAGACCCAAAUCGAGCUUACUCCGGUCUCCAAGUCCACCACUCCUCUCCGCCCUCCGAUAAGAAGACGCGCACAACAUCGUCCCUCCAGAAAUUCUUUGAACCUACAAAUAGCGAACAAAGAUGGUCCUCCCAGAAAUUCGAGACGACGUGUCUUCCCACAAAGCAAGCAAUAAAAGGGGUGAAUGGCAGUGGGGAAAACAACAACAACAACAAUGACGACGAUAUAAUAGAUGAUGAUUAUGAUUCCUACGAUGAGUUAUUUACUCAACAACUCGCGAACGAAGAGGUAGCACGAGAUAUCAGCGAGGACCAAACGCCUCCGCGGGUGCAGUCACCAAAAAGAAACACAAGUGUUGCGCGUAAAUCCACGAACACACGCAAACGCUUCCUCCUGCCAAUGGUCUCUGAUCAAAAAAAUAACAGCUCAUCAUCAAUCACCCCUCAGGCUCAUAAGCUACCUUGGGCGCAGCAGUACUCUCCUACAAAUCUAGACGAGUUGGCGGUCCACAAGAGAAAGGUGUCAGAUGUACAAAGUUGGCUUCGCAACGCCUUUGCAGGAACUAGAGAACGUAAACUACUUGUCCUUCGGGGUCCUGCGGGGAGCGGGAAAACAACCACAAUAAACAUAUUGUCUCGGACGUUAGGGUUCGAUAUAUUCGAGUGGAAGAACCCCCCAGCUUCAGAGUUCGCUACAAAAGCAUAUGUAUCCGUUGCUACUCAAUUUGAAGAUUUCCUAGGCCGCGGUGACCAGUUUAGAAAGCUUGAUUUAGACGGGCCAACUGACCUUCCACGAGACUCUAAUCGCUAUGCUCAGCAGCGUAUCAUUUUGGUUGAAGAGUUCCCAACUCUCUUGCAUCGAGGCUCUUCUAGUUUGGCUGCAUUCAGGCUAUCUUUGCAGCGGUAUCUUGCUAUGGAGGCUACAUUGCCCUCCAAUGGACUUAAUCGGAGUGGGAUCAAAGCCCAAGCCAGCUCUCCUAUUGUGAUAAUCGUUUCAGAAACUCAUCUCACAUCAGGUUCCUCGUCGGAAAGUUUAACAGUCCACCGACUACUAGGACCAGAACUUUUCAAUCACCCCGGCACAACCAUCGUUGAUUUCAACAGUAUUGCUCCAACCUUCAUGUACAAAGCCUUGAAAUUGAUUUUGGAAAAGGAAGCUCGCCAUUCCAGGCGCAAUAAGGAUCCAGGCCCUGCCAUAUUGCAAAGCAUCUCUAGUUCAGGGGACAUUCGAAGUGCAGUCGCUUCCCUAGAAUUUCUUUGUCUUGUUGGGCGUUGGGGAGCCCCUGCCAGAGGGGUAAAGAAGCCGUCUCGCAACAACGUAAUCCUCACACCCACGGAGAAGGAGACACUGAAGCUAGUAACACAAAGGGAGACUAGCCUAGGAAUAUUUCAUGCUGUCGGGAAGAUUGUAUACAACAAGCGAGACGAUACGUGUGUCGCAACCGAAGGUCCUAUAUUACCAUCGCCUCCAGAGCAUAUGCGACAUCAUGGCAGACCAAAAGUCUCACAGGUCCCUGUCAAUGAGCUUGUGGAAGAGACAGGGACUGAUACACAAACUUUCAUCAGUGCCCUGCAUGAAAAUUAUGUACCAUCUUGCGAUGGCCCAUCGUUUGUGGAUUGUGUCGAUGCAUGUAUAGUCGCUCUGUCAGACAGUGAUAUAUUAUGUGUCGAUCAUAAAGGGCUGUAUGGGAGUCGUACGAAUAGAAGCAGUGCCGGUGUCGAUGUAAUGCGACAGGAAGACAUAAGUUAUCAAGUUGCUGCUCGUGGUUUACUGUUUGCUCUCCCUCACCCAGUGAAAAGACGUAUAACGACAUCAACUCGUGCAGAUCGAUCGAGUGAUGCCCAUAAAAUGCUCUUUCCAAGCACGUUGCGGCUGAUGCAGGAGGCAGAGGAGAUUGGAGGCCUUACGAAUGUUUGGGUGAAAAGGCUGCUGAAUUCAUUUCGCAGGACAUCGUCAGACCCGGAUCCAAGCUGGUCCGCAUCGUUGACAAGAUGCAAGUCAGAUUGUGUAGAAAAUUACCGCGAUGAUCAAGCGGGAAUCGUGACCAUGAUACCUCGAGAAGAUCUCGUGCUGUACCACCUACCAUAUCUCACAAAGAUCCAUCGCGGUGAGGCCGAGAUCGCCCAGCUUCGAAGGAUUACUGGAUUUCAUGGAGCCGGGUGCCCACACAAUUGCCAGGGAAAUAACCUUAGUGGAAACAGUCUAGUUUUGGCUUCUGCUGGUCACGAUAUCUCUCAAAGGCUACAUUCAACAGAUCUCCAAAGCAGCACUUUUGGGUCCCAGCUGCCAGUUAACUACGAGCAGGAGGAGAAGCUUAUCUUGAGCGAUGAUGAUAUUGUUGACGAUUUGUGA